AUGGCAUCCAGCAAUAAGAUGGACCGUGGUCUUGACGAGAUCAUUGCCGAUAACGUAAGGAUCAUCCACUACAACCCGGUUCGAAUUCUCCAUGCAUUGGGACUGACGACUCAUUCUUCCUUCAGCGCAGCAGUGGCCCUCGCAAUAGGCGCAAUGGCGGCGGUCCAACUGGUCGCCGUCGCGGUGGCGAUCGUCAAGAGACUCCCCGAGACGGAGUAAGAAAGGUCAGAGAGGAAACAGCCCCGAGCGCAUCAUCUGCUUCCUGUAUAUCCACUAUGUUCGUUUCUAACAUGCAGCAUUCAGGUUGCACACUCCUCCCUCUAGCCUCACUCUUUGUUGGCGCCGGCACUUCGUCCUUCACGGCCUCUCGAUCAGUACUCGGAGCGGUGAAGCGUCUCGACAUGUGCCUCGCUCUAUAUCGAUAUCCUGGCUGACUCGACUCUCCUACCAUCCUACAGUCUUACCGAAACGAACCCAGGAAUCUCGAUGGGUGAGUAAAUCUCUGCACUGGAACCUUCUUUUUGUUCAGCGAGCUAAUAGCGACCAGGGAAUGGGUUCAUGACCGAUACGAAGAGAACAGUAGUCAGCCAUCCCAACAUCCGACUCCUACCAUUUGCACCGACUUAUUUUUCUACCAGGUUAUCGCAAAGCUCCUGCUCCUCGUCGCCGCCAAGCAUCUCCCGAAGCUGAAGCUCCAGGGAGUAAGCUUCGAGUGGAAAAUGUCCAUUAUGAUCUUACCCAGGACGACCUUGAGGUAUGAUGCCAGAUCCCGAACUCUCCAAGGGAAAUUGUGGCAUUUUGACUGACUGGCGGUUUAUCAGGAACUCUUCAAGCGUAUUGGGCCUGUCACAAAGCUGCAACUUCGAUAUGACCGUGCCGGACGGUCAGACGGGGUCGCGUUCGUGACCUACGAGACCAAGGCGGACGCUGAGCAGGCAAUUCGCGAGUUCGAUGGAGCAAACGCGAAUGGUAACUUGUCCAUCGAUGCAUCCCCCAGUCUUCUUGUCUAACUUUGUCCAGGACAACCGAUUCGCUUGACGUUGCUUUCUGAGCGCCGGGGUCGCAACCCAUUCGACUCCGCCUACAUGCCUGGCCGACCUCUAUCGGAGAGAGUCACAGCACCAGACGGCCGAGCUCGGUCCCAAUCUCCCCAAGGGAGAUACUCGAGAGAAGAUGCGGCUCGAAGGGGUAUUGAUAGGUACAUUCCCGGCCAAGGAUCUGGAAACAGGUCAAGAAGCCCAGCUCCCAGACGUGGUGGACGCCGCCCCGGUGCCCGCCGCGAGCCUGGUCAAGGUCAGGGUCAGGGUCGCGGGAGAGAAGGUGGCCGCGAGGCUCGUGGUAACGCACGCUCCAAGAAAACCCAAGAAGAGCUCGACGCAGAAAUGGCGGACUACUUCGGGGGAAACGGCGACGCUGCGCCAGAGGCUGCCCAGAGCAAUGGGAAUGCCGAUGCUACUCAGAACACUGCUCAGGCUGCCCAAGUGUCAGCAGAGGACAUCGACAUGAUUGA